AACUCAUAGGCGCAUAAUGUUGCUGCGAAGAGCGACGUCUUCGUCUGUGGCCCGUGGCUUCUCGACGCUCUCGUUCGGGGCACCGCCACCUACACCCAACCGGCGUGUGGUAGUCACUGGUCUCGGUGCUGUCACUCCGUUUGGAGUGGGCGUCUCACGCUCGUGGGACGCGCUGCUGGACGCGAAAUGCGCCAUCCAAACGGUGGACGUCCUUGCAGACACGGGACUCAGUUGCACCAUUGGUGCAGCCGUGCCACGAGGCGAAGGAGAUGGAGCGUUCCGCACGAAAGAGUGGGUGAAUCUCAAAAACCUCCGCGCUCAAGAGCCAGACUUUAUUGCGUUCACCUUGGCAGCAGCUGAUGAAGCUUUGAAGGACUCUGGAUGGAGCCCUGAGUCGGACGAGGAGAGAGAACGAGCGGGUGUGGCUAUCGGUGCUGGUAUGGGAAAUAUCCAGGAAGUUAUGGAUGUUGGGCAGCUUAUUCAGGACAAGAAAUAUCGCCGUGUAUCACCCUUCUUCAUCACGCGAAUUCUCAUUAACUUAGCUGCGGGUCACGUGAGCAUUGAACACGGACUGAAGGGUCCGAACCAUUCCUGUGUUACGGCAUGCGCUACCGGUAGCCACAGUAUUGGUGAUGCUGCGAAUCUCAUUCGACACGGAAAUGCCGACGUGAUGGUAGCCGGUGGCACUGAAGCCUCUCUAAAUGAGAUUUCGAUGUGCGCGUUCUUACGUGCACAGGCGCUAUCAACGAAGUUUAACGAUCGCCCACAGGAAGCAUCAAGGCCGUUCGACUCACAGCGCGACGGAUUUGUCAUGGGUGAAGGCGCUGGUGUUGUUGUUCUCGAGGAAUACGAGCAUGCUAAGAAGCGUGGGGCCAGGAUCUAUGCUGAGGUGCGGGGCUAUGGUCUCAGUGGCGACAGCAACCACAUCACAGCUCCUCUUGAAACUGGUGAUGGUGCUCGACGAGCCAUGCAGUCAGCCAUCGCACAGUCUGGUAUUGCAUUGUCUGAUAUCGGCUACAUCAAUGCACACGCGACGUCAACGCCACUGGGUGAUCGUGCUGAAAAUGCUGCCGUGAAGGAACUUUUUGGCGAACAUGCUAAUCAAUUAGCAAUGUCAUCUACGAAGGGAGCUAUCGGUCACUUACUCGGUGCUGCUGGUGCGGUGGAGGCUAUCUUUUCGAUCAAGGCUCUUCAUCACAACGUGAUGCCUCCAACACUCAACCUAACGGAGACCACAGAGGAGUUUACGUUGAAUUACGUACCGAACCAGCCGCAGGAGAAAGAGCUGCGUGCAGUUCUUACGAACUCAUUUGGUUUCGGAGGAACAAACGCCAGUCUCUUGUUUGCUAAGUAGGCUGUUGGGUGCAUCCCUCUAAAGCGUUCCAGCAACCUGCGUUAGUCUAUGCUAAGUUGGCAUUUGGUAGCGAAGAUCAGCUUUCUCGGCUGUGCCGAACUUAUCUGCUAUUUCAUCACGUGACGUGCUACCUGGGGUCUCCCUUUCAGCUUGCAUCCGCGAGUGCGAUAGUGGAAGAUACGUGUAGCUACUGUUGCGAUACUCUUCGAUCUUCUUCCGAGCCAACUAAAAAAAAAUCAAAGGCUUAAUACUGCUACACAAAUCACAAGCUGGACAAGCACGUACCGUGGCCUCACGCUCCAUUCGCGAUCUCUCGAGUGUCAUUCUCUCCAGUGCUGUGCGGAGUUCACGCUCUUGUCGAUAGAAUUGCUGUUGCUUUGAGAGCGCUGCUGUGAGUUGAGCACUUAGUUCCGAUACCUUACGGUCGCUAUCAUCACACGAGUGCUCCUGUUCCAAUAGUAACUCCUUGGCGUCGUUCAGGUCUCUGGUUAAUUGCUGAACCUGUAGUGAUAGAACCGAGCAUCUAGCGUCUGUUUCCU